CGUGGGACCGGGCUAGUCGUGAUCUUCGCCGGCAGGGGGGGUGGUGGUGCUUGCGAUGUCAUCUUGGUCCCGUUUUGAAACGUUGUUGACUCCCCCUCGCCGCGAUGUGGCGAUAUUACUGCGACGUAAAGUCCACGAUAAUCGUGUCGUCCCUCGCUCGAGACAUCUGGAUGUCGUGGGUUAUCGUCGCGCGUUUGUAUCUGAAAUACGCGAGGUGCUGACGUGUUUGCGGAAUUAACGAACGUGAUUAGAAACUUUGUUUUAGUUUCAUCUUCUUGGCCGUCUUCACCUGAAGACGGCUACUUGCGUUGUGGCCGAAAUUUUGUUUUAGUUUGUUUUGUUUAAAGAAACCCAAGUGCAAUAAGCACUUCUCUGCAAACUUGUUUCCUCGUGGGAUUGACUGCCUGGCGGUUUACAUAUCGUUAUCGUAGCGGUUUGGAAUGAUUAAAAUGCCGCGUUCGUGUAUUCUCCGUGUUUAAGAAGACCCUUACGGGCCCGUGGGUCGGGCCUAUGCCGAACACAGAGGCCGACGCGCUGAGCGGCGACACAAACUCGUCGGAGGGGGAGGGCGGCUCCCGCGGCGAGGUCGGCGUGGCCGGCGAGGUCGUCGGCGAGGUCGUAGGCGAGGUCGUCGGUAAGGAGGUCACGGAGUCCGCGCCAGGAGAGGGCUCGCGGAACGCCGACGCGGAGACGCCCGCUGCCGUCAACGGGGUCACGGCGGAGGGAGGGGAGUGCACGCCCGACCUGGUUGACAUCAAAAUCAUUUACAACAAGGCCAAGUUCGAUGUGUCCGUGUCUCUGGACAGCACGGGCGCCAGCCUCAAGAACACGAUCCACACUCUCACAGGCGUCCCGCCGGCGAUGCAGAAGGUGAUGUUCAAGGGGCUGGUGCGGGAGGAGCGCACGCUGCGUGACAUGAAGGUGACGAGUGGAGCCAAGUUCAUGGUGGUCGGCUCGACGCUGACCGACGUCCUCGCCGUCAACGCGCCCAAGGAGGUGGUGGCGCAGGAGACGCGGGCCGACGAGCCCAAGAAGGAGCCGCUCUGCCGGCAGAAGCAACACAGGAAAGUUCUGGACAAGGGCAAACCUGACGACAUCAUGCCGGCCAUCAAGGGUACCAUGGAGCGGCUGCCGUCCGUGCCGCUGUCCGGGAUGUUUAACAAAUCCGGGGGGAAGGUGCGGCUCACGUUCAAGCUGGAGCAGGACCAGCUGUGGAUCGGCACGAAAGAGCGCACGGAGAAGCUGCCGAUGGGAUCGAUCAAGAACGUGGUGAGCGAGCCGAUCGAGGGGCACGAGGAUUACCACAUGAUGGCGCUCCAGCUGGGCCCCACGGAGGCCUCCUACUACUGGGUCUACUGGGUGCCCGUGCAGUACGUCGACGCCAUCAAAGACACCGUGCUGGGCAAGUGGCAGUUCUUCUGACCCCGCUCUGCUCCUCCUCCUCCUCAACCACCUCGAUCCUCUCCACCCACCGACGGACCGGACUACCCCCCCCCCCCCGACCCCCCCCCACCCCCCUACCAGCCUCAAGACUCCAGCCCCUUCCGGCUGCCACCAAAAAUGGACUUUUAACGCUGAACGCCAGCUGGUGGGGGGAGGGCGUGCCUCUAUUCUAUUUAAUUUGUUGCGUUACUUUUUUAUGAUUUAUUGUUUUGAUGUUUGAUAUAGUAUUUGCCGAGGUUAUCGCCUAUUAAGUUAUCAAAAUGAUGAAACAAUAAUAAAAGGAAAGCAUCACCAUCUUUUUUGAAAGCAAUAUCUCGGUUGCUGCGCACGCAGGCGGCCGCUGCCGGUUUUGAUAUACCGACGAACUCUGUGCACUAACGACAGCGACCACGACGACCAUGGCGACGACAACCACGGCGAUGAUGAUUACGAUGACGACGGUGACGACGACGAUAACGACGAUGCCCCUCAAGUGUUUUUGUGCCGCCGUUCGCGUUCCUACGAAGCCUCGCGUGGGGGGGCGACGCGGGGACCUCGGCACCCCAGCUCGCCCGCCCAGCCCGCCCAGCCAGCCCGCCCAGCCAGCCCGCCCAGCCCGCCCAGCCCGACCCGCCCGCCCGCCCGGGCCGCCCGCCCUGCUCGCCCGCCCGCCCGGCUCGGCCACGCCUGCGGUCGACCAAGACGGGACGUGGCACGAACCGCAGGGGAUGCCGCAGCAAGACACAGAACUGUGGGAGAGGCUCCAGUUUGGGGGUGGGGGGGGCGGCUGUCGAAGAAGCUAUCGGAGUGGGGACACCUCCCGCGGGACGGAUGCGGCCGCAACCGUGCAGGGCACCCCCAGCGGCAGCGGCGGCGGCGACAGACGUUUGUUGCUCGAGCGCUUCGGCCUCGCUGCCGCUGGGCGAUGAAGUUCAGCGUUUGUGUUUUUUCUCCCGGUGGUGACGACGAAUAAUAACAAAUGAAUAAAUAAAAAAAGGAACUGGACAAGGAGAAUCGGCGG